CGGCAGGGGCGACAGGUUGGUGUCGGUUGGUGUUGGUUGGGGCUCGUCAGAGAAGGAUGAAAAAGGCUCGCCAUGGCCAACACAAUGCAACCCGGGUUCGGGUCCAGCUUGCAACCUUCAAGUUCUCUUCAAAAAGUCGAUUUCUGCCUGUGAUGUCGACCAUCACGCCGAUUUGAAACUUCCCCUGCCACUCGACGCGGUCUCCUCACACUCCUUCCUUCCGCAAAUACUUGACAUUUUCUUCAUCUUAAAUUUUUUUUUUUGUGAUUCGAGUUAGUUUGUGAUAUUGGAAAAUGGUACUCGGGUUUCCCACGGCCUUGCUGGCUGCAUUUUCCGCACUUGUUGUCUCUCCGGCCGCCGUCCGGGCUGCGGACCUGGAGAGUGCGCUUGCCGGGCAGGCAAACCUCACAACAUUUCGCGGUCUGGUUAAGAACCACACCGAUAUCUUUGCAAACUUAGCCAAGGGUGUGACCAUUGCUGCGCCGAACGACAAUGCCUUCAUGAAACUGGGCAACUGGAACACAUACAACGAGAGUACCGUAGCGGCAACUCUGAAAUAUCACAUUCUCAAGCAAAUCAUCGAUAUGCCUUCUAUCAUCAAGGGUGACUCGGUUUGGGCUUCGACGUCAUUAACUGAUGAGAACUUCAAGGUAACGGGCGGCCAGCGUCUCAUUCUCACCAAACAGCCCGGCGGCGAGGUCGUUUUCACCUCUGGGUUCGCCACCCGCGGCACCGUCCUGACAGAAGACCUCCCAUUCGACAAUGGCCUCGUCCAAGUCAUCGACUCGGUCAUGCGCGUUCCCGAGACGCUCGAGUCGACCGCACGCAGCGCCUACACCGACUUGACGGCCUUCGUCGGCGCUCUCUACGCCACCGGCCUGAUGAGCGAGGUCGCCCAGCAGAAAGACGUGACCAUCUUCGCCCCGCGCAACGCCGCCUUCCAGCAGCUGGCUGGCGCGUUCGCCGACAUGGACGAUGAGACGCUGAAGCGCAUCCUGCGCUACCACAUCGUGCCGGGCCAGCUCUCGCACGUGUGGGAGCUCAAGAACUCGAGCUCGCUCGCCUCGGCGGACAAGGGCAACAAGGUGUCCAUCACGCGCCACACCAACUUCAUCUACGUCAACUCGGCCGAGGUCAUCCAGGCCGACAUCCUCAUCUCCAACGGGCUGGUCCACAUGAUCGACAACGUCCUCAGCCCGGACAAGGCCGGCGCGCGCCCGGACGUCACCCUCACCACCGCGCAGUCGCCCGUGUUUACCCCCGUCGGCGCCACCGCCACGGGUACCGGCGAGCCCACGCCGUUUGCCUCGGACUUGCCGUGCACGGCGAGCUGUCCGGCGGCGCGGCCGACAGGUCGCCUGAAUGGGGCGGGGACGGGGGAGGGAGACGUGGAGCGUCCGAGCUCGAGCAACGCCGGUGUUGCGCUUCCGAGGUGCACCGGACUCGCGGGGGCUGGCGUUGGGAUCGGGCUGGCGGUGGGCGCUGUGAUGGUUGGGUUAUGAGAUUGGAUGUAAUCUGUGAUGUCUGUUUUAUGAGAUGAAUCUGGGUAACGGUACCGCAGCACACGCCCGUGAUAUUGUUCAUGCUCGCUCACCCACUCCUCGGUAUAUGUUCCAGUUGCGAUUUUCGGCCGUAACCGCUAUGGAUUGUUUCAACCUGAGUCGAAUGGUGACAGGUGGGCCUGAAACUGGAAGCCUGCGCAUUUAUCUACCGUGUGGAUGGCGGUUGUGCGUCUAUCACCUGUCGGGGAACAUGGGAUAUGCAGCCCAGUCCUCGCGUGGUAGAAGACUGGCAAUACGCGGCUAGAGAGACUCACGUAUGCAGAGUCCUUCAAAUUAGCAACGAGCGAGUAAGCAUGAUAAUAACUCUUCAACAUGCGGCUGGU